AUGGGUGCUAACCUGCAGGACGAGCUUCCUUCACAGGAUGAAGUCAUUGAACUGUUCCUAUUAUGGAAGAAGGAGCAUGGACGGGUCUACAAAGACCUAGAAGAGAUGGCAAAGAAAUUUGAGAUUUUCGUGUCCAAUUUGAAAUACAUUACGGAGUUUAAUGAAAAGAGAAGGUCUCCUUCUAGCUGCCUUUUUGGUUUGAACAAGUUUGCUGAUUGGAGUCCCAAGGAAUUCCAAGAAACCUACUUAGGCGACUUCGACAUUACGCCCAAAGAGCACAGUAACGUGAAGCAGAAUAAUCUAUACCAUGCAGACGUGCCUGAAUCCCUAGAUUGGAGGAAAUAUGGAGUCGUGACUGGAGUUAAGGACCAAGGGCCAUGUGGAAGCUGUUGGGCAUUCUCUGCCGCUGGCGGUAUUGAAGGAAUACAUGCGUUAACCACAGGAAGUCUUAUUAGCCUCUCUGAACAAGAGCUUUUGGAUUGUGAGACAGCAAGCAGUGGCUGUAGUGGCGGAUAUAAGGAUAAGGCAUUAGCUUGGGUUAUAAGAAAUGGUGGGAUUUCUUCAGAAAUUGAUUAUCCCUAUCAAGCAAAACAGGGUGCCUGUAAAUCUUCCGAGGUUCCAAACGUUGCAAGCAUUGAUGGCUAUGUAAACGUAGAUCGAUCAGACAAUGGGCUCUUGGAUGCUACUAAGCACCAGCCUAUUAGUGUGUCUGUUAAUGCAACCGGCUUUCAAUUUUACAAGAGUGGAAUAUUUGACGGUCCCGGCUGUGCAAAUUCUACGUCUACAAAUCAUGCGGUGAUAGUAGUGGGAUAUGAUUCGCUGAACGGUGAAGAUUAUUGGAUCGUAAAGAAUUCAUGGGGUAAAGAUUGGGGAAUAGAUGGAUACAUAUGGAUCAAAAGAAAUACUGGUUUACCAUAUGGGGUGUGUGCAAUCAAUGCCAAGGCUCUUUACCCAACUAUUACCUCGAAGCAUGUUCAACGGCAGAGGUGGCGUGGUGGUGGUGAUAAUGGUGGUGGUGGUAAUGGUGUUGAUGGUGGUUGCAUAGUCGUGGUGGCGGUGGCGGUGGCAGUGAUGGUGAAGGUAGUGGUAGUGGUGGUGGCAUGGUGGUAA